GUGUGACGGAUCGCCAUUUUAUAUCAAUAUAUACCCACACGAACUGAUGCUGAAUGUAUUGAAGUUUUGAAGGCUGCUGUGUGUUCAAAUGCUAUACCUUCCAAGCAAGAAAAGAGGUUGUAUUUAAGGAACUGUAAAUAUUAGCAUGAUUACAAGGUUUCAUAGCUUUCAGUUUAUUCUAACAACAUUUAUUUGAGGCCAGAAAGGUGUGUAGUGUAUUCAAGGUUCAAGCUGAAUCAUUUAAGUGUCUUCACAUUCAUUGGCCAGGGACAAUUCCUACAGAAAGCCAAAAAGAAAACAGGUGUCACCAGUUCAGUUGUGGCAAGCUGUGAAAUUCAGAAUAAGCAGAUAAUGACUGAGGAAUCUGGUGUAUUCCUUCCAGGAAAUCAUGAAGCUGAGAUGUGCUAUGGAGGAGAAGCUGAUCUACACAAACAUGUUACUGGCUGUAUGAAGAAUCCAGGUCACAAAGGUUUUAUACCUCUUAAAGAUUUCAACACAAUGUAUCUCCCCUCACGUUACCAUGACGACCUCGUGUUUGAGACAAUCAAAACAUUGGCAGCUCUAACUGUCCAGGUAAAGACUAAAUUCACCAGUCUAAAGAGACCAGAGUUUUACCUAGGCACUCAAGUUCCAUAUCCAUGUUAUAAUGACAGAGGAAGUCACGUGAUGAGGUUAGGGACGGGGAAGGUGUGUUUUGUGUCCACAGAGAAUGACAGAACUUGUCAUUGUGCCAAGUGUCAAGUCUCUGCCACACCCAGCAUAGUGUGGGGGAAGGUUUGUGUGGUGACAGCAACACACGUGGUGUUUGAUGACAGUGAGGCGAGACAGACCAGGUGUGUUUUAGGUUUUGAUGACAAUAAAAGUCCAGUGGUCAGUCUUGAUGGCGGGGAGAUGUGGCGUAAGGCAGACAUUGAGAGAGACUUGUGUUUGUUGAGUUAUGUGACAUGUGACUUAAAGUUGAUUGAUGAACUGGACAAGAUGUGUCGGCGCUUUGAAGAUCUAUGUAGGGAAGUAAGGGACAAAUACUGGAGAUUUGAUGAUGUGGACAAGUUGACCGUUAUAGUGUCACAUCCUCAUGGCUGUCCUAAACAGGUCUCUGUAGGACAAUGGACACACAAACGUGAGAGGGAUUACAGGUACAGCAAGUACACCAGGUACUGGUACACAACAUGCACAUGUCCAGGCUCCAGUGGAGCGCAUGUCUACAGGCUGGGAUAUAACAGGUGGCCGUAUCCCCAACCCCACAGUGGAUCAAACUCUGAAGGAAAUUAUAGUGGGGAGGAUUGGAACUGAUGUAACUGUUAGUUCUCUCCCCUUGUCUACACAAUGUAAACAAACAAAAAGUCAUUAAACUGUUUGUAUUAAGACCUGCCUGUCUUUUCAACAUUUUAUCACAUUUAAAUAAUUACAACAAAUGUUUUGAUUAAUGUAAACCGUUUAAGCGUAUUAGUUUGCAUGUACAUUGAUGGGUUUUAGAGUUUUUUUUGUUUCAAAUGUUGUAAAUAUUUUUCUUAUAGUUUUUGUCGGCAAAUUGUUGUCAUAUACCUAUAGGCUGGCUAUUACCUGUAAAUUAAAUGUAUAAAUGUAACCUACUUACCAAAUGUCAAAUUCAUACUGGUUACAUUUGUUUACAAAAUGUUCUCACUAAACGACAUUAAA